AUGGCAGCGCCCGCGGAUCCACGUGAGUUUGAUGAGGAGUUCCCAGAUCUGUCUGAUGAAGAGGAGGAUGAUGAGCAGCAGUGGAUGGAGGAAGAGGAGGAGGAGCCUACAUCAACUCUGUGUCUGUUCUGUGACAGGUCGUUCUCUUCUCUACAGGAGGUUUCUCUCCACAUUUCGUCUGAUCACAGCCUGAAGCUCAGUGACCUCAUCUUCAAACACAACCUGGAUGAUUACGGCUUCAUUAAGAUGAUCAACUACAUCCGCUCCACCUCCUGCAGUCCUGGGUCCCUGUCCGGUCUCCCCCAGGUCCCGGUGCCCUGGGACUCGGAGGACUUCCUCAGACCGGUUCUCCAGGACGACCUGCUCCUCCAGACAGACCCAGAGGAGUUGUGUAGCAUCUCCCCCGCCUCCCCCACCUCCCCCAGCCCCCAUCAUGCAUUGCUGCAGCGGGCGAGCGAGGCGGAGGAGCGAGCGAAGAGAGCAGAGGAGGCCCUGAGCCGAGCCACAGACGACCUGCACCAACUCAGACUCUUGGCCCAAGGUUUGGUUCUUAACUCGGACUCAGGUCGAGGCCGGACUCUGGGACCGGUCUCUGAGCUCAGAGAAGAAGAGGAUCAGGCCUAUUUCAGCUCCUACUCCCACUUCAGCAUCCACGCAGACAUGCUGAAGGACCGUGUUCGCACCGAGAGCUACAGAGACUUCAUGUACCACAACCCACAGCUGUUCAGAGAUAAGGUAAGAUUAUGA